GGGACAGGGAGGGCCCAAAUAAACAAAGUUAUCUUAUAUAAGUUCUUAACAAAAAAAAUGGAGUGCCCAAAUAUUUAUAAUUUUAUACCUGAUUGAUUCCUGAACCUCAGAACCUGAUACGGUGAGGUGAGCAGUUGAGACUUGAGAGAGGCGGAGAGCAGAGAAUCAGAGAGAGGCCUUGAGCCUUGAGCUGUUGUCUGUUGAGCGAACACUGGAGACUGGAGACUAGAGAGAAAGUUUAGUGCUACUGCUUCAUGUUUAUUUGAGGGUGUUUCUGUGGAUCAAUAAAUUGCUCACUCCUAUGUGUCAUGGAACUUGCUUAAUAGGGAAGAUGGAUCUUGAGACGGAAAACAGAAUAGCUGCUAUGCUUAUGAAAGAAGCAGCAGAAUUGCGGCGACAAGCAGAGAGGGAAGGUGUGCAUGUCUAUCUUCGAGAACGUAAAGAAAGGUUUCGGCCUAAUUCACGGUUUCUAACUGCUACUGUUCUUGGCGUGCAACAAGCAAAUCGGGCAGUGGAAGUGAAUGAGAUGUGGCGAGUCCGGCAGAAAGAAAUAGAGCUGGACGAAAGGAUCAAAGGCAGAUUGAGAGAUGGGAGCAGCAGUGACAACAGUCUUAGGGAUAAUAAAUUCACAAGCACAAAUAAGAGGCCUUCCAAAAGUGCUAACACUGCCAGUGCUUCAGGAUCAUCAAAUGAAAGAGGGUAUGAGAAUGGCUAUUCAAAGGAAGAUGAAGAGCUUGAGAAGUUUCUACACUCAAGGUCUGUGUGCGUGGUAAAACGUGGCAGAGGUGGUGUUGGGCCAAGAAUGGAUGAAACAGGUCCAUACCUUCCACAUCGUCCAGACUUUAGGGAAGAGGAGCUUUCAAGAAGCCCUGGCGUAGGGAAAGGCCGUGUCGUCUAUGGUCCUGAAAAGCCUUCUUCAUUAAAGUCAUACGAUUCUUCUGAAGAGGAGCUUCAUGAGCAAAAGCGAAAGAAGACAAAGAAGGUUCACUCAGGGAGCUCUGACAAGCAGCACUCGAGGAAGCACAGAUCCAAAGAUAAGUCAGAAGAUAAGAAAAAGAAGAGGAAGGAGGAGAAAAGAAAUAAGCGUCACAAGUAAGGCUAUUUUAUAUUGUGCUGUGUUCUCCCAUAAAGGUCACAAGUUAGUGUAUGUCAAUUUGAAUGGAAAUCCCUAUUUGUACAAAGUUGAUUUUUCACAAUAGGAUUUUACAAUAAUAUAAAUUUAAGGAAAGAAAAUAGAUUGAACACGUUUGGACUUCAA